GUGUGAGCCGAGCGGCCUCGCCUCAACGCCUAGCGCCCCCCUCAGCCGCCGCCGCCGCCGCCGCCGCCGCCGCCGCCGCCGACGCCGUCGCCGCCGUCUCCGCCUCCGCCCGCCGGCCAUGUCCCCCGGCCGCCGCCGCCGCCGCUCGAGCGCGGCGCUCCCGCGGCCCAGCGCGCAGUGAGCGCGGGGCCCUCUCGCCGCUCGCCCGCCCCGGGGCCCCCUUGUUCUCCGCGCCGCCGCCGCCGCCGCCAUGUUGGGUUUAGAGCCGCAGCGGAGCCGCCGCCGCCGCCGCCGGUGAGGGAGGCCGAGAGCGGAGCCCGCCCCGCCCCGGGGCCCAGGGAGCGGGGCCGCCUUGGAGCCCGGCCUCUCCCCGCCAGCCGCCUUCCCGGCCCGCCCGCCGUGCGAGCCAGCGAGCGAGCGAGCGAGCGCCGGGCCGCGGCCGCGCCUUCCGCUCCCGGCCCGAGCGAGUCCGCCGCCCGCCCGUUCGUGCCGCCGCCGCCGCCGCCGGGCCCGGCCAGAGCCUGCAGCGGAGCCCACGAGAGUCAGCGCCAUGGCGGAGCAGACCUACUCGUGGGCCUAUUCCCUGGUGGAUUCCAGUCAAGUGUCUACAUUUCUGAUUUCCAUUCUACUUAUAGUCUAUGGUAGUUUCAGGUCCCUUAAUAUGGACUUUGAAAAUCAAGAUAAGGAGAAAGACAAUAGCAGUUCUACUGGGUCUUUCAAUGGCAACAGCACCAAUAAUAGUAUCCAAACUAUUGACUCUACCCAGGCCCUAUUCCUUCCAAUUGGAGCAUCUGUCUCUCUCCUAGUAAUGUUCUUCUUCUUUGACUCAGUUCAAGUAGUUUUUACAAUAUGUACAGCAGUUCUUGCCACAAUAGCUUUUGCUUUCCUCCUUCUCCCGAUGUGCCAGUAUUUAACAAGACCCUGUUCACCUCAGAACAAGAUUUCCUUUGGUUGCUGUGGGCGUUUUACUGCUGCUGAAUUACUGUCAUUCUCUCUGUCUGUCAUGCUCGUCCUUAUCUGGGUUCUCACUGGCCAUUGGCUUCUCAUGGAUGCCCUGGCCAUGGGUCUCUGUGUCGCCAUGAUCGCCUUUGUCCGCCUGCCCAGCCUCAAGGUCUCCUGCCUGCUUCUCUCAGGGCUUCUAAUCUAUGAUGUCUUUUGGGUGUUUUUCUCCGCCUACAUCUUCAAUAGCAAUGUCAUGGUGAAGGUGGCCACACAACCGGCUGACAAUCCCCUUGACGUUCUAUCCCGGAAGCUCCACCUGGGGCCCAACGUUGGGCGUGAUGUUCCUCGCCUGUCUCUGCCUGGAAAACUGGUCUUUCCCAGCUCCACCGGCAGUCACUUCUCUAUGUUGGGCAUCGGGGACAUCGUGAUGCCUGGACUCCUGUUGUGCUUUGUCCUUCGUUACGACAACUACAAAAAACAAGCCAGCGGUGACUCCUGCGGUGCCUCUGGACCCGCCAAUAUCUCUGGACGCAUGCAGAAGGUCUCCUACUUUCACUGCACCCUCAUUGGAUACUUUGUAGGUCUGCUCACCGCUACUGUGGCAUCUCGCAUUCACCGAGCAGCCCAGCCUGCCCUUCUCUAUUUGGUGCCAUUUACCUUAUUGCCACUCCUCACGAUGGCCUAUUUAAAGGGUGACCUUCGGCGGAUGUGGUCUGAGCCAUUCCACUCCAAGUCCAGCAGCUCCCGAUUCCUGGAAGUAUGAUGGAUCCCAGAGAGUGACCAGAAUGGCCAUCUUAGUCCUUUUCUGUCAACGCGUGGUUUUGUUUCCUCUUAGAGCUGGCCUGGUACUCAGAGAUGUACCUGCUUAAGGAACUGACGUGUGACUGGAUUUUGCGUUUGCAGGGAGCUUGUUUGCAGGAGCGAGGUGCUGGAGCCCGGCUUGGUUCUUUCUCUUCCUGCCGUUGUAGAGGCGGAGCCCCUCCUGAAGUGACAGGCCCUCCCCAGCGCUCCCUCCUCCCCCAUUUUUAUGAAUCUGCACCAGACUGUUACCCGUGGGGGAUGGAGAUGUGACUGUUUAAAACUGACAACGGCAAGGAGUCGUUCUGUACCUUUUGAACACUAAAAGGAUGAAAAAUAUUAGCAAACCGAAGUUUCUUCAGUGAACCCUCAAGAACUUUGGGACCAGUUUCCUAUGGGGGACUCAGUUUCAGAGAACUGAGACAGGAGCUCUUCUGUCGUUCUAUUCUUUCCUUUUUUUGGAUUUAUUAAAUAUUUUCUGUGGUGUGAAGUGACUUAUUAAAUCCACAGACAUUGAGUGACUUCUUACAACAUAAACAUAAGAAUUUGUUGUAAUGAGUUCAUGUCCACCCAGAUGUUGUGUUGGCAGUGAACGAGGGCACGGUUUUUAUACAUACACACACACACGCACAUAGGUAUAUAUGAAUAAACAAAAAUUAAAACCUGCUAAGAUCAUGCUGUGUAGCAGACAGGGACUUGCUGUAAUUUUUAGCAUGUAGAGCAGUUUACUCUGGCUUUCUUGUAUAUGGAUAAGCUGCUGUCUUUCCCUCCACAACUGAACGUGCAGUUAAAAACCAGUAUAGUAUUUGUACUGAUAUACUCAUGGACUUUAGGGGGCUCUCAUUUGGUUUUGAUCAGUGUAGCAAAUUAGGGAUGAAAAGUUAAAACUUUUUGGCCCUUUUUUUGUUUGUUUUUACAGGCUUCUCCCUUGCAGGGUUUUUAGUAGUUUCUUCUUGAACCAAUGCAUGUAAUAUAGCAGCAGGUGUCUUUGUGCUUUCUGAUCAUAGUAACGUACUACUUGUAAAUACAUUUUUCUAUUUUCUAUUUUUUUUUUGUAUUUUUUUUUUUUUUUUUGGCAUUUUGUUUCAUUGGUGUGCUGUAUUUUCCAUGCCCUCACUCCUUUAAGAAAAAAAAAGGAAAAAAGCAACACGAUCCUGUCCUUGCUGUUGUGAUUAUGGUCUUGGUUUACCUGUGGUGACAACUGGGUGUUGGGGACAAAUGUCAAAUGCUCCUCUGAGCUGGGCCCUACAUUCUAGGAGUUGUGGAAGGAGCGAGCUGCUCUGUCCCCUUAGAAUCUGACCAUGUGCUGUGGUCUUUGCUGGAGAGCUGGCAUUCUGGUAGUAAUUUAAGUGUGAUCGUGUCAGCUCGCCUUGGUCUCAGCAGCCCCAGCCCGGUAAGAAAUUGCCCACUGUACAGGCAGAGAGAAUCCUGGCUACCUGACAGCAGAGGUCGGAGAAGGGCCCACGUGUCCUGAUUUCUCCCUUUGGCAGGUGACGUGCCUCUGCCUCAACCUGUGUGAUGAACUGGUGUGCUGGGCUUCCCGUUGCCAGAAGCCACGGUGGACAGAGCUCGUAGGCCGUGCGCGUCGCAGGGCGUGAGGGCGGGAAGCGAUCAGGAUGGUGCGUUCUUCUGUUGUGUCUUCAAAUCCUGCUGAGGGCUGUUUUGUUUUUUGUGUUCUGUUGUUUUUGUUUUUGUUUUUUUAAUAAAUGACUCCUUUCUAGCCUUUGUCA